CUUCCGCCUCACAACACUUCCGGGUUGGAAGAAGAGUGCUACGUUAUCCCAGGGAAUAGAAUGGAAGGGGGCACAAGAAAAUUUAAGACCCACACCACAACUUUGUUCAAGAAAAAGAAAUGGUCUUCUGUGUCUGAAAAAAGACCUCAGAAAUGGCCCUCUCAACACUUGGAGAGUGAGCAGCCUCCGGUGUCUGUGCUGGGGAAGAGGAAGAGGGAGUCCCAGAAACCAGCCCAGGAGAGCUUGGAACCAGCCCAAGAGAGCUUGGAGAGUGAGUGGCCUCAAAAAGCCAAGAGGAAGAAGAGAAGGAGGGAAUCCCAGAUACCAGCCCAGGAGAGCUUGGAGAGCGAGCAGCCUCCAGUGUCCGUGCUGGGGAAGAGGAGGAGGGAGUCUCAGACAUCAGCCCAGGAGAGCUUGGAGAGUGAGCAGCCUCCAGUGUCCAUGCUGGGGAAGAGGAGGAGGGAGUCUCAGACAUCAGCCCAGGAGAGCUUGGAGAGUGAGCAGCCUCCAGUGUCCAUGCUGGGGAAGAGGAGGAGGGAGUCUCAGACAUCAGCCCAGGAGAACUUGGAGAGCCAGCAACCUCGGAAAGCCAAGAGGAAGAAGAAGAAGAAAAAGAAGGAGUCCCAGCAGCUUACUUCUUCCCUUCUGAAAAAUUCAGAAACCUUCCAUAAAGCUAAGAAGACCAUUUCUGCCCACAAAAAGAAAAAGAAUAGUGUUUGGGAGGUGGAUGUGGAAACUGGGGUCAUCCUUAUAGAUAAGGAGAACAUGGAGAACCUGCUACAGACUUCUAGAAAGGAUGUGGAUAUUGUUUAUGUUGAUAUGAGCAAGGGACAAAGGUCAGCCAGAGUGGAUGAAACAGAAGAGCUGCCCACUGCUGCACCCAAGGAGCAUGACUGGCGAGAGCUGCACAGUGAUGUCAGGAGCAAAAAGAAUCAAAAGCACCCCCAGAAAGGUGUACCCUGGGAUGCUGUCCAGGGAAGCCAGCCUGAGAGUAUCUCCCUGUCCCAGUCAGAGUCCUUGUCUUCUGUGGAUCUAGAAGGCAGAAGCACAAAAGCAGCAGUGUUUUGUAAAAAGAAGUCUAAAAAACCAGUGUUCAGGAACCAGGAAUUGGAGACCGUCCCCGAGAGUCUUGAUAGCUCGGAGGCUAUCUCUGAGAGUCUUGAUAGUACACACCAUGGAGGAGUAGUUGGGCCUGGAGAAGAAGGUGAGAGCAUCAAAGAAUCCCACAGUAUCAAGAAAAAGUCCAAGAAAAAGAAGCACACAUCCAUUGCUCUUGCCACCUCUAGUGACAGUGUCUCGGUGCUAGACAGCAAGACUGAGAAUGCCCUCAUGGACACAUCAGAAGGUAGUGGUACUUUGAGGGAAGAGGACGUGGACCACAGCCCAACAGAGGCAGAAGCCCAGGCUUGUUCCACCAAGAAGCACAGGGAAGAGAUGCAGAGGUUAGAACCUACCCGUGAAGAAGAAAGCAGUUUGGAGUCAGCUAGCAAUUCUGCAACAAGAUAUGUAUGUGAGGACAGGAGAGAAUCUGAGGAGUUGGAUGUGGAUUUGGGCUCUGCAGUGAGACAGCUCCAAGAGUUCAUUCCUGACAUACAGGAAAGGGCAGCCACCACGAUCAGACGCAUGUAUCGAGAUGACCUAGGGCGCUUCAAAGAAUUUAAGGCACAAGGUGUGGCUAUUAGAUUUGGCAAGUUUUCUGCUAAAGAAAAUAAACAAAUAGAGAAAAAUGUGCAGGAUUUCCUGUCCCUGACUGGAAUUGAGAGUGCGGACAAGCUGCUGUACACGGACAGAUACCCAGAGGAGAAGUCUCUGAUCACCAACCUAAAACGGAAGCAUGCCUUCAGACUGCACAUUGGGAAGGGCAUCGCUCGGCCCUGGAAGCUUGUGUACUAUCGUGCAAAGAAGAUAUUUGAUGUGAAUAACUACAAAGGCAGGUACAAUGAAGAAGAUACUAAGAAGCUGAAGGCAUACCAUUCCCUCCAUGGAAAUGACUGGAAAAAGAUUGGGGCCAUGGUAGCCCGAAGUAGCCUCUCAGUUGCCCUCAAGUUCUCUCAGAUUGGUGGUGAUAGAAACCAUGGUGCUUGGAGUAAGGCAGAAACCCAGAGGCUAAUCAAGGCUGUGGAGGACGUGAUCCUAAAGAAGAUGUCUCCCCAGGAGUUAAGAGAACUAGAUUCUAGACUCCAGGAAGACCCUGAAGGUCGCCUGUCCAUUGUCCGGGAAAAACUCUACAAGGGCAUAUCGUGGGUGGAAGUGGAAGCCAGAGUGGAGACCCGGAACUGGAUGCAGUGCAAAAGUAAGUGGACAGAGAUUCUUACCAAAAGGAUGACCCAUGGUGGGUUCGUGUACCGUGGUGUCAAUGCUCUACAGGCCAAAAUCACCCUUAUUGAAAGGUUGUACGAACUAAAUGUGAACGAUGCUAAUGAAAUAGAUUGGGAAGACCUGGCUGGUGCCAUAGGGGAUGUCCCUCCACCUUUUGUUCAGGCAAAAUUUUAUAAGCUGAAAGCUGCCUGCGUUCCCUUUUGGCAGAAAAAGACUUUUCCAGAAAUCGUUGGUUACUUAUAUGAGCACAGUCUGCCUUUGCUGAAAGAAAAGUUAGACAAGAAGAUGGAGAAAAAAGACAGUCAGAUCCAAACGCCCUCUGCUCCCAAACAAGAUUUCCUGUUCAAAGACAUCUUUCAUUGUGAUGAUGACAGCGAUGAAGGGGGCUCAGAGGAGCCCAGCUCCUCUGAUGUGCAGUGACUGGAUCUUCUCUUCCCUCACACUGCUCUCUGCUCCCUUGGACCUCUGUUGCACACUGGCCAUAGGCCCUGCUUGCAUAUGACGCCUCUCCCAUGCUGGGCACCGAGUUCUCAUGGUAUUUUGCUGGAGGACUUGUGUUCUUCCUAGAAGCCCAGCUGUUAGCCUUGGAAGAGUCUGUCAGCUGGAGCACAGCCCCCACUGGAUUCUCAGGACUGGAUGAAAGGGUUGCCCUUUGGUCAGUCAGGAGAGUUAAACCAACUGUAGGUGUUUCAGAGAGAGAACUUAGGGCUUAGGUAACAAAAAGUUUUCUGCAAGAUCUAUGCAUGGUGAUGUAUACUAAGCACUGUGGGGUUAGACAAAGGGGUCACAGGAUCGAGGUCAGCCUGGGCUACAUAGUUCCUCAAGCAUACACACACAAAAUGAGAUGCUGGAACAUCCUUCAAAAGGAGAAGUGCAUUGUCCAGAGAGUGGACAGGCACUGCAGAGCAGCUCUAACUCUGCAGUCCACAACUUCCCUGUGUUCCUCCCAGCUGUUCCCCAUUCCCAGCCCAGCUGCUGUUGCUGCCGCUGCCCUGCAGAGAAAUGUGUCCAUGUGUGACCCUUAGAAGAACACUGCUGCAAGGGAGUCUGGGAUGCCAAGUGUUCAGACUUCUGUCUUAUCUGUUCUGGAGAGACAGAGAAAGGAAAAUGUGGCUAAUGAUACAGUAUACUGCUGUCUUCGUUGGUGCCACUUGGCAAUCUACUGUCCCCUGAAAACUCUCAGAUAUUAUUUCUGUGGCACCAUUAGAAGAUAGGCUAAACCAGCCACCGUGAGAAGGAAGCACACUAACAGGCUUCUGCUUGCUAUGUGCCCAGCACUUCCACAGAUGUACAGAUAACAGAGGAAUCAAGUGGAGCACACUAAUGCACCCAACAUUCACAUGGGGCAGGAGGAUUGGGAGUUCAAAGCGGUCCUUACCAAUAGCAGAUUCUAGGCCAGCCUGGGCUAUAGGUGACUGUCUCGAACAAACACAGGGAUAAAACAUUGUGUAGAUGCUGUUAUUUUACUACAUGAUUCUCUACCCAGCUCCUCCUGUCCCUCAGGCAUUCUAGUCUCUGUGCUAACAGGACUAAAUUUCUCCUACAAAAAUAAUAGUACUAAUGUAUAAACCAGUUCUCUGUUUAUAAUAGAGAAAAAAUGAAUUAUUCCUUAACAGGAAGUAUGGUUCUAGAAUGGAAUAUUAUAUGGUAAAUUAAAGUGACUACAAUAGAUCUGGUUGACAUGAAAGUAUAUUUUUGUGAAGUAUUUCAAAAGAAUAUAUAUUUUCUCAGUUUUAUAAAAAUGGAAAAU